AUGUUUUGCCGCUAACUUACAAGACGAUUUUUUAAUGCUAAAUCUAGAGAACCCAUUGAACCACCUUAUCUUGAAUUGUAAAGAGAUUUUCUUGAACCUGCUGAAUUUUACUAAGAAUUAUCAAAGCAUGGAGUUACAUUUUAUGCAGGAGUUCCUGAUUCUUUAUUAAAAGACUUCUGUGCUUAUGUUUAAGUAUGAAUUCUAUCUAUUUAUAAGGACAAUGCUCUACCAGGAUAACAUGUAAUUACUGUAAAUGAAGGUACUGCAGUCUCUAUGGCUGCUGGAUAUUAUUUGGCAACUAAAAAAAUUCCUUGUGUGUAUUUAUAAAAUAGUGGUCUUGGGAAUAUUGUUAAUCCUUAUAUGUCAUUAGCUCAUCCUAAAGUCUAUGGAAUUCCUAUGUUGUAUUUAAUUGGAUGGAGAGGUGAACCAGGAAAAAAAGAUGAACCAUAACAUUUAGUCUAAGGAAAGAGAAUGAAUGGUAUUCUUACUGAAAUGGGAAUGCAAUAUGAUGUAUUACCAGAUUAUAUUGAAGGUGCUGCAGAAGCUCUUGAUACAGCUUUCUAUUCUAUGAAAACAAGGUAAUUCUAUAUUUCUUAAUAUAUUUUUAGAAAUGGUCCUUAUGCUUUACUUGUUAAGAGAUAAUGCUUUACCAAUUAUAAAUUAAAGAAUGUGGCUAAAAAUAAUUAUCAAUUAACUAGGGAAGAAGCUUUAACUGAAGUCAUUUAAAAUACUCGUCCUCUAGAUGUUUGUGUUAGUACUACAGGCUUUUUGAGUAGAGAACUUUUUGAACUAAGACAACGUCUCAAUUAAAAUGGAGAAUAAGAUUUCUUAACAGUUGGAUCUAUGGGACAUGCAUCCAGUAUUGCUCUUGGUAUUGCAUAAGUCAAAAAGAGUAGACAAGUAUUUUGUUUAGAUGGUGAUGGAGCAAUGAUGAUGCAUAUGGGUGCUUUGGCUUAGAUUGGUAAUAUAGGUCCAAUAAAUUAUAAACACAUUUUAUUUAACAAUCAAGCUCAUGAUUCUGUUGGUGCUUAACCUACAAGUAAUCCUUUAGUUAAUUUUACACAAAUUGCUAUAGGAUGUGGAUAUAAAGAUGCUUUUUAAGUUUAGACAAAAGAAGAGAUUACCAAAGGGAUGGAAAGAGUAUUAUUAUUUAAUAUAUAUAUUUUAUAGUUAAAUCGAAAUGAUGGUCCAAUUCUUAUGGAAAUCUUGAUAAAACCAGGAGUAAGAAAAGAUCUAGGAAGACCAACAACAACAACAUUUGAAAACAAAGAGAAAUUCAUGCAUUUCUUAACAUAUUGA